AUGGAAAAAUAUCGAGUACUUGGAAAAAAAGGUGAAGGUACUUUUUCUGAAGUAUUAAAAUGUCAAAAUGUACGUGAUGGAACAUUUUGGGCAGCAAAAAAAAUGAAACAAUUAUAUAAAAGUAUGGAUGAAAUUCAUCAAAUACGUGAAAUACGUGUGCUCAAACAACUUAAUGGUCAUCCAAAUAUAAUUUUUCUUCGUGAAAUUAUCUUUGAUAAACGAACUGGUAUUCUAUGUUUAAUAUUUGAAUUAAUGAGUAUGAAUUUAUAUGAAUAUAUUCGUGGUCGACAACGAUUAUUAUCAAAUGAAAUUGUUAAACCAGAAAAUAUUCUUAUAAAAGAUGAUAUGUUAAAAUUAGCUGAUUUUGGAUCUUGUCGACAAACAUUAUCAAAACAACCAUUUACUGAAUAUAUUUCAACUCGAUGGUAUCGAGCACCUGAAUGUUUACUAACAGAUGGAUAUUAUCGACAUGAAAUGGAUAUUUGGUCUGCUGGUUGUGUUAUGUUUGAAAUCAUUACACUAAGACCAUUAUUUCCAGGAAGUAAUGAACUUGAUCAAAUAAGUAAAAUUCAUGAGGUAGUAGGUACACCAUCACCUAGUACAUUGGAUAAAUUUCAACAUCGAAAUUCAGCAGUUGAUUUUAAUUUUCCUUCUCGACGUGGUACGGGUAUUGCUCGUCAUUUAACUCAUUGUUCAGCUGAUACUAUUGAUCUACUUAAUCAUUUAUGUACUUAUGAUCCUGAUCAUCGUAUAUCAGCUUCACAAGCACUUCGACAUCCUUAUUUCGAUACUAUUCGAAAUCAAGAAAAUGAACACAUGAAUGAACAUGGUAUGAAUCAAUGGGAGAAUGGUGCACGAAUAGUAAAAACAAGUGAAGAUCAAUAUCAACGAUCUGAUUCAAGUAGUAGUAAAUCAAGUAUUAAUGAAGAAAUUUCACCAUCAGAAUAUAAUAAUCAUAAUACUUCUACUAUCUAUCAUACUCCAAUAAUCAAACCUGAUUUAAAUAGACUUAUUUAUCCACCAGCAAAAGCUCAAUCAUUAAUAGAUACACGACUUCAAGGACAAUCAAUAAAAAAAUCAUCUAUGCAACAUCCUAAUAAUAUAAAAACUAAAAAUAGUUUUUCUCAAUAUAAUCAAACACAAUCUUAUUAUAGUAGUUUAUCAACAAUAGGAACUAAAGUUUUACCAUAUCAAACACGAAAACAUCGACAAACAACUAAAAAUAGUCCAAAACCUUUUCUACCUCCUGUAUCAGGUGCUUCAGCAUUUUCACAUUAUCCUGUCAAUAAUGGUCAUGCUCCAUCAAUCAUUCAUAAAGAUCAUAAUCAAGGUAAACAAGCUCUUGGUUAUUAUCCAAUAAUGUCCUAUCGAUCCUAUAAGAAGUGA